UCUGGGCUAGCGCUGGGGUAAAGAGAUGAAUUCUCACCGUCCGCUAUCGCACGGUCAUCAUCAUGGUGCACCAUUGCAAUCGACAGCAAUGAUCGAGCGUAGCGGCGGUGUUAGCGUUGUGGUGAACCCCCGGUUCGAGGCCGACAAGCAAGCUUGGGAGGAUGCGAUCCGGGGGUACAACGGAAACGAUCCGCUCGAUCUGUGGUUCAAUUACAUCACCUGGUACGAACAGAACAGAUCCUUCGAUCGCACCAAUAAUCUGCGUUCGAUCGUCGAGAAAUGUCUGUUGCUUUAUCAGGACACGGAGGGAUACAAGCAGGAUACGCGUAUGGUAAAAAUAUGGAUGAAAUACACCAACAUGCAACAAUCGCCCGCCAGCUUCUACCAAAUGAUGUACAAGAAAAACAUUGGCACGCAGUGCGCCAGCUUCUACAUUGGUUGGGCCGAAAGUGCCUACAAGCAGGCCGAAUCGAUCUACAAUCUCGGUAUACAGAUGAAGGCACAACCGAUCGAAGAAUUGCACGAAGCGCAACGUAACUAUCGUCUGUACAAUGAAUCGCUUGCGAAAAAACGGUCCGCUAGUACGAUGGUAGAGCAGAGGCAACCAAUCCCAUCGCAAAGUCCACCACAAAAGAGGCUUAAACAGGAAUUGGGGAACUAUCAGCUGCAGACUGGAACGAAUGGUGCUGUCAUUCACCAUGAUGUACCGAAUGGGACGUUUGUCAACCAACAGCAACAACAGCAGCAUCCGUCUCACGCUUACUAUCAUCAACAGAAAGCCUCAGGAAGCUAUUAUUUGCCCGAAAAUGCUGCCAACGGUGGUACUUACUAUACUAGUAAUGGACAGAAAGAACCAUACCAAUCGACCAACUCGUUCGCAUCCACCGAAUCUGGCCCAUCCACCGUACCUGUUACUUCUUCGGCUUCCGCUUCCGCUUUCGCUUCCUCUUCUCAUGCCCAACAAUCAGGGCAGCAUCAGGCGUUAUCCGGCGAAGUAAAUUAUCACGCUGCAGCAUCGAAUGGUGACAGUCUUCAGCAACAGGAACUCCCUCAUCGAACGGAGGCCGAGCCUAGAGAAACCGAAUAUCAACCCACGGAUGAAAGCAUCAUCGAGUGUAAUCUCAACAAUUCUGCGUACGUGAUAUCAUCUUCCCUCAGCUACGUUUACGAUGAUUCCGAUCUUGUGCAGUACCCAGUGGCGGAAGAAAUUCCGCGUCCCGCGCCUGAAGAUGCUACCGAGUCCGUACCGGAUCGGCCGACAAGUCAAGAACCUACUUACGAGAGUGAUGCAAUCCGGCUGCCUCCAAACUUCGCUCGGGAAGCGAAAUCAAACCACGAAACGUGGGACGUUCCAUUGUGCCUGGAGGAACCGUACGAUCCAAACCGGCAGUGCUGCUAUCCAAAGCAUCUCGUGUACCCCGAUUUGCAUGCCGAACGGCCAACGAUGGAAUUUUCGUUGGAGGAAAUCCGCGCACAACGGUGGCUGGAACGAAAGCGGCAGCACGAGAAACAGAAGAAGAUGCAGGAAGAGGAGGAGGAGGCACAAAGACAGGCGAAGGCUGCUCAGUUGGAGAAGGAAAAGCAGAUGCGUCAAAUGCAGCAAAUGAAGUAUCAGCAGCAGCAACAGCAACAACAGCAACGCAUGUAUAAUGCUCAGCAAUAUUCUACAAACGCCUCUGGCCACAUGCCAAUUGGGCAAACGAUGCAAACACAACCGAACAACAGCUACCAUUCGCAGCCACAGCAAAUGCGGCAGGGAUCGAUACAGCAUACGAGUAAUUUCUAUCAUCAGCAGCAGCAACAGCCUUACCAUGGUUACAGCAACGGUUGCUACACAGCAUCCAGCCCUCAGAUGCAACAGUCACAUCAUAGCUACCAGCCAGCGAAUGUGCCAGCUGCGACGGUGAUACAGAACCACCACCAUCAUCAUCAGCAUCAGCAGCAGCAUCUUCUUCACCAUCAGCAGCAACAGACACAUCAUCAUCAUCAUCAGCAGCAGCAUCAUUCGCCAGUGCCAACGAGCCACAUGCAUUCGCCCAAUACUGUUGCAACCCCGUAUGGACAGCAUGGUCAUCAGCAACAUCAUUAUGCUCCGGUGAAUCAUCAUCAUGGGAAUCUUCAUUCGCCACAACCUUACCAUAUUCCGUACGAGAAUUAUAAUCAACAUAAUAGUUAUCCUGCGGGCCACCAGCCUGGACAACAGCCACAACAUCAGCAGCAGCAGGAGGUGACAACACCUCAAAGGACGUAUCAAAGUAUGACAAAUGUGGUAUCCCCGUACGGAUAUGGUAGCCCCGUACAGCAAGAAGCGAUUGCACCUCGUCCAGGAAACGCUCAUUAUGCAAUGGCACCACAAACACCACCAAACCACCAAAUUUAUCCGCAGUCUCCCGGUCAUCAACACACUCACCACGGUCACCACCAUCAGCAGCAGCAUCCGCAGUUAGGUAUGGUGGGUGUGUCACCACAGUCCCAAUCCAAUCGAGGACAUUCAGUACUGCAACAAUCGCCACACCAAGAACAUCCUUAUAAUCACCACCAACAGCAGCAGCAUCCUCAUCAUUCUCAUCAUCAUAGUCAAUACACAACGGCGCAUUACAAUACGAAUGAGCAACAAGACACGAAACUGCAUACAGGAUAUGCUCAGAAUUGUACUCCGGAUUCAGCUAAACUAAAUCCAUCACAGCACAACUACAAGGAGCAUGGUGGACCAGCGGCUAUGACGGAGCCAUCUGAAACACAGCCCCCUGUUAAUGGUGGCACAGCGAGCGGAUCAUACAUAAAUAAUGCUCAAGAAAGACAGGAUCGUGGUGUCGAGCAUCAGGUGCAACAGAACAACAACCAUGGAAAGUACAACAACGCCAACAACAACUGUGAUGAUUUCGAGGAACAAAUCGAAGCGUCCACGAUACGCUUCUCCACCCCGACGGAGAACGGCAUCAGUCGGAAGCAGACGAUCACGAUCAAGUUUAAGAAGGAGAAAACAGGUCUCUCUCUAGCGGUGGAUUCACCUUCAUCGCCAGCAGCAACGGGUACAGUUGGUGAAAGUUCCGGCUCAGCAACCACGGCACUGCUGGAUCAGCAUAAUGAACAGCAACAAGUUCCAGCAUCAGCAUCAUCAGCAGUCCCAGUGGAAGAGAAAUCGAAAAAGCACAAAAAGCACACCCAACAACAGCGAAUGAGCGAAACCGGCAUGGGGAAAUCAUCAUCAUCAGCCAAAGGAAAACACUCCAGAAAGAAGCAAGCUUCGUUGUCGCAAGCACCGGACGAACACCAUAUGGACGAUGCAAAUCUACUGCUUUCGUUCUCACGGCCCGAAAAGGAUGAAGAUUCCUGUCUGUCGGUACAGUCUCAAACGGACGCAUCGUCGGUUGGGUCGAAAAAGAAGAAAAAAUCGAAACGAUCCAAAUCGGGCACUAGCAGCAAGGAGAAGCGACGUCGACAUCGUUACGAUCUGGAUGAGGAUUAUCGGGUGGAGGACGAAGAGGAGGCGGAUGAGGAUCAGGGUGGAGACGGUCGAGCACAAAACGGCGUAAUGCGGCGUGAACGGGUUUUGGAUGAUGAAUACUCGGAGGCAACGGUCGGUGGCUAUGAAGAGGAUGAUGACGGUGUGGAGGAUCAGUACUACGAGGUGGAAGAGGAAGAGGACGAACAGGUGAAUGGAGAGGUGGAGGAGAACGAUGAGGAGGAGGAAGAGGAAGAGGACGACGAUGAGGAAGAGUAUUACGAGGAAGAGGAAACGAGUCGGGAAACGACACAACGACGGCGAACAAUCGGAGGCGAUCGUCGAGCGGCCACAAAGCGCAUCAUUCGACCGGAUGAAGAUGAUUCGUCGUAUCAGUCGAACUCUGAAUUCAAUACGUCCUUUAGCAACAUUUCUUUCGCCGGGGACAAUAGCAACGGGCCGUUCAAUUUCGGUGGCAGCAACUGUUCGACCCCGGCCCGGCGUACACAAACAUCAGGCGGUGUUGGCGGUGGUGGUGCGUUUUCCAAAACGUCCACCCCUGUUGGUUCGUUCCGAUAUCUUCGCAAGCAAGAGACGAACCUUUCCACACUCGGGCAGAACGAUGAUUCGAUGAACUCGACCGUCGUCGAGAGCAGCUUCUUCCAGGCAGGUGAACACGACGAGGAAGGCCGACGCCGCCGGCUGGAGAAAGCACUCGGCACAAUCGAAACACACCUCGGCAGACCGUUUGUGGAUCCGUUCAACAGUGAACUGUGCCGCGCGUUUCUUACCAAGGUUGACUUUCCGUCGCGUAAUCGUGAUCCAGCCGAUAACUAUCACCUGUCGAAUGCGAACCUACCGAAGCUACUGAAGGGCCAGACGGUGAAUCUGGGCGGCACGGGAUACAGUAUCGAGAAGGAGGUAGGGCGCGGUUCGUACGGGUCGGUGUUUCGGGCGAAUAACACGCAAACCAGUGCGGUGGUAGCGAUCAAGUAUCAGAAACCGGCCAACACCUGGGAGCUAUACAUCUGUACGGAGGUGAAAAAACGACUGACUAAUCUUAAGAUGUUGCCCGGUUUCAUGGAUAUAAGUGCGGCGGUGAUUGCGCCUAACGCUAGCGUACUGGUAUCGGAGUUUUCACAGUACGGUUCCUUGCUUGACAUAAACAAUAAAAUUCGUACCGCGGCCACAAGAAAGGUGAUGCAUGAAUCUCUCGUGAUGCACUUCAGCUGCCAGAUACUUUCAAUCGUAGAGCAUCUGCACGCCUGCAACAUCAUACAUGCCGACAUCAAGCCGGACAACUUUCUGCUGAUGAAAAUACCAUCGCGCGAUCUCGAAGAGCCCACACUACGGUUGAUCGACUUUGGUUGUGCCAUCGAUAUGAACUUUUUCGAACCAAAGCGACAAUUUAAAAAGGUCAUUCAAACGGACGGAUUCACUUGCAUCGAAAUGCAGGAAGGACGUCCAUGGUCCUACCAGACCGAUCUGUUUUGUGUGGCGGGCACGAUCCACGUGAUGCUGUUUGGCGAGUACAUGCAGCUGGUAAAGAAGUACGAAAGCGGUUGGGACAUCAAGCAGAAGCUGCCAAGGUAUCUGAAGAAGCACGUCUGGACGGAGGUGUUCCAGAAGUUGCUCAACAUCAAGGACAUUGACCAUAUGCCAAGCCUGCCCGAUCUGCGGCGGCUCAUUUACGAGGAAGCGUACAAGAUGGAUUCCGAGCUAACGACACACAUUCGCUCGCUGUCGAAUCUACUAAAAAGUCGAUAGAGAGAAAGAUAAUGAGAGAGA